CGAUAAACCCUACUGAAGUAGAAGUUUUUACCACGUUGGUCAAGUGGCAGAAGACUCCUGCGAAGUCAUCAACACACUACGUUUCUUUUACGGCACAUUGUGCAUUUUCUGAAGGAGGUUGUUUCAGCAGGACAGUUCUGCAGGAGGCUUUAGGAUCACAGAGGCGUCAUGGCAGAAGAGGCCAAGAAACUAGCAGGCUACGCUGCGGUGGAUAACCAUGUCCAGAACAACCAGGUAGUUGGAGUGGGCAGUGGAUCCACCAUUGUGUAUGCUGUAGACAGACUGGCGGAGAGGGUUCGUCAGGAGAAACUCAACAUCGUGUGUGUCCCCACCUCCUUCCAGGCUCGUCAGUUGAUUCUGCAGCAUGGUCUAACCCUAUCGGAUCUGGACAGACACCCAGAGCUGGAUGUGGCCAUCGACGGGGCGGACGAGGUGGAUGCAGCUCUCACACUCAUCAAGGGAGGAGGAGGCUGUCUGACUCAGGAGAAGAUCGUAGCCGGCUGUGCCAAACACUUCAUCGUCAUCGCUGACUUCAGGAAGGACUCCUCGGUCCUGGGCCAGCAGUGGAAGAAGGGUGUUCCUAUUGAGGUGAUCCCUAUGGCCUACGUCCCCGUCUCCAGGACUAUAGCCAAGCGCUUCGGAGGGGAGGCAGUACUCCGCAUGGCCGUCAGUAAAGCUGGUCCGGUGGUAACAGACAACAGUAACUUCAUUCUGGACUGGAAGUUUGAACAUGCUCAGAACUGGAAGGAGGUCAAUACCGCUAUUAAGAUGAUACCAGGUGUGGUAGAGACAGGUCUGUUUGUGGGGAUGGCUGAGAGGGUGUACUUUGGGAUGGAGGAUGGUAGUGUUCGUGUGAGAGACCCUCCAGUCAUCUGACCUGUCUGGGAGCUGACACCUUCCACCAAGCUCCCUGUCUGGGAGCCAACACCAUCCACCAACCUCCCUGUCUGGAAGCCGACACCUUCCACCAACCUCCCUGUCUGGAAGCCGACACCUUCCACCAACCUCCCUGUCUGGGAGCUGACACCUUCCACCAACCUCCCUGUCUGGGAGCUGACACCUUCCACCAACCUCCCUGUCUGGGAGCCAACACCUUCCACCAACCUCCCUGUCUGGGAGCCGACACCUUCCACCAACCUCCCUGUCUGGGAGCUGACACCUUCCACCAACCUCCCUGUCUGGGACCCGACACCUUCCACCAACCUCCCUUUCUGGGAGCCGACACCUUCCACCAACCUCCCUGUCUGGAAGCCAACACCUUCCACCAACCUCCCUGUCUGGGAGCCGACACCUUCUACCAACCUCCCUGUCUGGGAGCCGACACCUUCCACCAACCUCCCUGUCUGGGAGCUGACACCUUCCACCAACCUCCCUGUCUGGGAGCUGACACCUUCCACCAACCUCCCUGUCUGGGAGCCAACACCAUCCACCAACCUCCCUGUCUGGGAGCCAACACCAUCCACCAACCUCCCUGUCUGGGAGCCAACACCUUCCACCAACCUCCCUGUCUGGGAGCCAACACCAUCCACCAACCUCCCUGUCUGGGACCACCAUCUAAACCACAGUGCCUUCUAUUCUGGGACCACCAUCUAAACCACAGUGCCUUCUAUUCUGGGACCACCAUCUAAACCACAGUGCCUUCUAUUCUGGGACCACCAUCUAAACCACAGUACCUUCUAUUCUGGGACCACCAUCUAAACCACAGUACCUUCUAUUCUGGGACCACCAUCUAAACCACAGUACCUUCUAUUCUGGGACCACCAUCUAAACCACAGUGCCUUCUAUUCUGGGACCACCAUCUAAACCACAGUGCCUUCUAUUCUGGGACCACCAUCUAAACCACAGUGCCUUCUAUUCUGGGACCACCAUCUAAACCACAGUGCCUUCUAUUCUGGGACCACCAUCUAAACCACAGUACCUUCUAUUCUGGGACCACCAUCUAAACCACAGUACCUUAUAUAUUGGGUCCCAAAUGGCACCCUAUCCUUUACAAAGUGCACUACUUUUGAUCAGCCCUAUGGGUUAUGAUGAGGGUAGGGGUCCUAUGUAGCGGAUAGGGCGCCAUUGGGGAAACCGCCAAUAUUCUAUCACCUAUGGACUCUGCCUGAUCUGACAGAUGGUGUAUACAGGUUGUCUGGGAGGUCAACUACAGGUUGACCUCACAACAUCUACCAUGACAUGUGCAGGCUCUACUUGUUGUAUAUGUUUAUAAGUUGAAAAAUGCAUUAACACAUUAAAGUGCACGAUGAAAAA